AUGAACGCCCGCAGCAUCUCCUUCGAAAUGUCCAUGGAAGGCAGACAAGUGGACGAGGUGGUCGCGAGUAUAUUCCACACGGUACUCUUCCACCGCUCCAGCGGCAAGUUCACGUACAACAACGAGGAGAGCUACUCCAUACGGACGGUGAGCUACAUCGACGUGGACUGCGACUUCAUCGACUUCACGUACGUGUGCUGCGAGUCGGACUCGCUCGGUAGGAAUGUGAAGCGGGAGAUAUCCGAGUUCUCGGACUUGCUGCGGACGGCGAGCUCGUCGCCGCCGCGGGGCUCCAUCAGCCUCGAGUUCUUCCAGAAGCGGCGCGCCCGCUGGCCCUUCCAGCCGGAGUGCGUGCCCUGGGAGGUGUGGACCGUCUGCUGCGAGCUGACCGAGUCUCACAGCGAGCAAGACAUGCGCAGCCAGCACGAGAGCGUCGUCGAAAUGCUCCAGGACAAGAUCGUCCACAUAACGGAGAUAAUCAACCGGCACGAGUACGUGCCCAAAAUGCCCAGCCGCUCGGACGCCGACCUGAUAUUCGACACCUCGUACCCGGAUAUCCAGCCGUACCUAUUCAAAAUACAGUACAACCUCUCCGGAGCGCCACCGACGUCGGUUGGCAACACUGUGCGCAAACUGAUUCGCGACACACUGUCUUUG